GGUCAUAAUUUAAUACCGAGCGCGACAAAAUAACCCACUGGUAAGGAUUUUGCUGCUGUAAGUAACGUGCAUUACCCAGCACAGCAAAUAUUCAUAGAGUUGUCUCUUUCAUUCAUGCUCUUUCUCUCCACAGACGACAUAGCGCUUCGGCGAGUUAUUGCAUCAGACAGUGUCCAGUCCGCAGAGUCCGCAUGUGGAAAAUUUUUCGUGUGAAAAAUAAGUGAAAAUGGACAAUGUAAAAAGUGUACUGCAGGAAAUUGGAUUUCCUGAGUUGGUAAAUGAUUUUAAAGAUGCCGGGUACGAGAACAAAGACACCCUGAGGGCCCUCACCUAUGAAGGUUUGAAAGAAGUCAUAAAGAAAGCAGGGCCCAGGGAUCUUUUUUGGAAGAGGAUCCAGGAUUUUUGGACAAGGACGGGGACCGAAAUUUAUUCAAAUGCUUCUCAAGAACAAAGUGAUGACGGUGAUGAGAUAAUUGCACCAGUCUUUCGGUGUUCAUGUUCCUCUAGUAAAGAGGCUGAAGAUGAUGGUGUACCACAAGAGAAAUCUCUCGUGCAAUUUUUCGACAGUGCGGAGGGAGAAAUGAUGAAGCAAGUGUAUGAGGCAAAAGGAUAUUUACCCCAGAAAUCUCGAAUCAAACUAGCUGAUUACCUCGUCGCAAAAGAGUACGAAAAGGAAAGGGAAGGAGAAGAUUUCAAAAUUACCACCGAGAGAUUUCGACAUUUGCGAAAUGUGAUCAAAACCGAGUUUCCUAAAGUAAAUGAGAAUCUGUUUUUCAUCCCUUACGAAAGUUCGACUCGCACAGCCGCGUCUGGCCACUUGUACAAAGCGUACAACGUUUUCAAGGCCAAUAUGAGACUCACUAAACCAAAAAGAAAGAGGAUACUUCCUGAAAACUUUACAGAUGCCACAUCAGAACCAGAAGAAGCUCUUCAAUAUGUUCGCACCCAUCUGAACCCUGUGAACACAGUCAGGAAUUUUUGGAAACUCUGCCGCCAAAGUCGUUUAGAGAAAAUUAAUUGUUUUGAAGAAUAUCUGGAGGAAUAUCCUAUUCUGAGCAGCGCCGAGGGAUCUCAAUAUUUUGAAGAAGACUUCAAUGCUGUAUACCCGGAUGCAAGUACAAAAUUUCUCGCUUCUUGGUCGACUCUAUCUGUGCUUAUACAUGAUUAUGGACGUUCUGAAAAAAAUAAACGCCAAAUCAUGUCUGCUACCAAAACUUUCCAUGCUGACCUCAUUGGUUUGGUUGUUCUCGCAUUCUUUUUGGCCGGAUCUUCCUAUGAGUGUACAGAAGGAGAGCCAGAAGGACAAAAGAAAUCUCGAAAGCCAUUUACCCGUGAUGAUGUGAUAAAUGCGCUCUACAUUCAAAAAUUGGACAACCAAACUCUGGUAGAAUGUGUUCAUAAGCACUUUUCUAGACGUAGGAAGACACCAGUUCUGGCCUUUGUUGGUAAGAAAGAAAAAAUUGUCGAGUGCUUUGUAGCAGUGUCACGAGACGUAAUGUAUUCAACCGCUUCGGUAGUGGAGGCCAUCGAUAUUUUCAUGAAAAUAUCAAUUAUCUGCAAGAAAGCUUACAAUUCAGCGACAGCUCCUGUAUGGACAUAUUUCCAAAAAUUCGUUUAUGAAAUUAAUGAUCCCACGGAUAAGUUUCUUUCCGUCUUGGAACUUCACGACAAAAUUUCCGCAUAUAAAGUUCAGAAUUACGAGAAUGAGUGAAAACAUUGAGUGUACUUUUUGCCAUAAAUCGCUCAUUUGGGCAGAUUUUAAAAAUCACAUCAAAUACGUCCAUAGACAUGAAGAGACUCUACAGUCUCUUCAUGUCAUGUGCGUACUGAAAGAAACUGACAUUAAGAAAUGUAUUAAAUAUGAUGA